AUGCUGUAUUGGGCCUAUUUCAGUAUUUUUCUAUCUUAUGUGUUAUCCGUCACUAACAAUAAAACAAUCGUACUGGUGUGGGGAGUUCUCGAGGAGCCACAUUCUCCAUAUAAGACUGUUAACGAUUGGAACACUUGUGUGAUGCAAUGCUUGCAGGAUGACAAAUGUGUUGUGAUUCAUAAGGUUAGUGAUAACAUUUGUCUGCUUUUUCAUUUGGGAAAUAUAACUUUUGUACGAAAAGCGAAUAGCUCAUCGGGUCAGAUUGUUGGCUUCAAAAGGACUAUGAACUCAUGCCCGGUGAACAUCGAUGCUCCCUUGUUUGGACAGCAAUCCGUUCCGGAAAACGUUACUCAGAAUAGUUUCACCUAUAAGUAUGAAAUCAGUAGAAUAGAGACAAAUGGCUCAGUCACCUGGAAGUUUGAGUUUAACAACAGUGCUCAGUGUCAAGAAGAUUCUUUUCCAUUGAUCAGAGGACAAAAUCAAGUUUGCAUUUCUGUCAGACUAUUCGAAAGUCCAAAUUUCUGCCAAAAUCAUAACUAUGCCAUGGAGAUAUGUAAAUCUAGUGGAGCUACUGGCUUAUCUGGAUCAUUCACAUUCGAUGAAGGCAAACAGAUUGCUGCACUUGCUGAUAGUAAAUCUAAAACGGAACCAGCCGGUUCAUACUCUCAAAUCAACUUCUGGAUAGACGGUAAUCGAACCGCAGUGAAUGAAUUCUCACUAAACGACGACACUCUCAAUGGAACCACAGGAUACAAAUGGGCAGAGGCGCCAGCAGCCGUACCACUAUCCAGUUCAUGUGUUUUUCUGGGAACACAGCGCGAGUUUAUUGGGUUAGUGUAUAUACAUCAAUGCACCAUCACCUCAUCUCCUGGACUAUUCUGUCAACGUGGGGCUAUUUGUCGUACCGAACCUCUUUUCUUUCAUUAA